AUGGAUAACGAGCUUUUACUGAACGCUGACCACCCGAUAGUUCUUGAGGACUUCCUGAACCCCAACGCCACCACGGAGGCGCCGGGCUGGUGGUCGGACUCUGACGGAUCAGAGACGGUCCAUUUCGUGGUGCGCUGCGUCAUGACCUCCGUGUACAUCAUCAUCAUCACCGUAGGUCUCGUGGGAAACAUCACCCUCGUGAACAUCUUCAUCACCAACAGCGCCAUGAGGAGCGUGCCCAACAUCUUCAUCUCGAGCCUGGCCGCGGGAGACCUGCUGCUGCUCGUCACGUGCGUGCCCGUGGACGCUUUCCGCUACUUCUCCGAGGAGUGGGUGUUUGGCGAGGCGGCGUGCAAGCUCAUCCCCGCCAUCCAGCUCACCUCGGUCGGCGUGUCUGUGUUCACCCUCACGGCGCUCAGUGCGGACAGGUACAGGGCCAUAGUGAACCCCAUGGACAUCCAGACGUCAGGUGCAGUGUUCUGGACCUGUCUGAAGGCUGUCUCCAUCUGGGUCCUGUCAAUGCUGCUCGCUGUCCCCGAAGCCAUCUUCUCCCAAGUCAUCCACAUGCCAGCACAGACCGAGAACAUCAGCUUUGCCAACUGUGUGCCGUACCCUCUGUCCAACGAGAUGCACCCCAAGAUCCACUCUGUGAUGAUCUUCCUGGUCUACUUCCUCAUUCCUCUGGCCAUAAUCUCUGUCUACUACUACCACAUCGCACGUACCCUCAUCAAGAGCGCCCAUGACAUGCCCGGAGAGCUCAGUGACCACACCAGGAGACAGAUGGAGACCAGGAAGCGUCUGGCUAAGAUCGUGCUCGUAUUCGUGGGACUAUUCGCUCUGUGUUGGUUCCCGAACCACGUGCUGUACAUGUACCGCUCCUUCCACUACCACCAGACAGACCUGUCCCUGGCCCACCUGGUCAUCACGCUGCUGGCUCGUGUGCUCAGCUUCUCCUCCUCCUGUGUGAACCCCUUCGCUCUGUACUUGCUCAGCGAAAGCUUCAGGCGCCACUUCAACAGUCAGCUGAAGUGUGGUCGUGGCUCUCGUCCAGAACGCCAGCCCAGCUACCUCCACAGCACCUCCCACAUCCGCCUCACCUCCAUCAAGAAGACCGCCCCCACCGCCGCCAUCGUCGCUCCAGCUGCUAACGGCAAGCACAGACAGGAGGUGGCGCUAUAA